ACAAUGCGGAAAUGGCCGAUGGCUUGCCAUCUCGCCCUGUUCGUGGCCAUCAUCGCCGUCGCACUGCUCGUGCCCCGUACGGCCGGGGAGCCAUGGCCGGUGUGCGGCGACGACUUUGGCACCUUCACGCCGCAGAGCAGGUACUACGCCAACCUCAUGCGCAUCAACGCCACUCUGCCCAGUAACGCCUCCGCGUCGCCGGACCUCUCCGCCACCGCCGUGGACGUCGGCGCCGUCCCGGAGCAGGUCUCGGCCCUCGCGCUCUGCCGCGGCGACGUCGGCGCCUCGUCCUGCCUCAGCUGCCUCACCCAGGCCUUCGCCAACCUGGCGAACCUGUGCGGCAACACCAAGGCCGCCACGAUAUACUACGACAGGUGCACGCUCAGCUACUCCAGCGUCCACUUCCUCUCCGACGGCGACGACCCCAGGCAGAUCCCGGCGUACACGGUGAACAACCACGCCGGCAACGUCACGUCGGAGCCGGACCGGUACAACCGCCUCGUCGCGGCGCUCGUGAACGCCACCGCCGACUACGCGGCGUACAACUCCACCCGGCGGUUCGCGUCCGGGGAGGCCGACUUCAACAGGCAGUUCCCCAAGGUGUACAGCAUGGCGCAGUGCACGCCGGACCUGUCGCCGGCGAGGUGUCGGAGCUGCCUCGCCAAGAUCGUGUCGCAAGAAAUCUGGACGUACAAGGACACCAUCGGGGGCAGGACGAUGGCAGUCAGGUGCGCCUUCCGCGUCGAGACCGCGCGUUUCCUCAAUGGCACGACGCUGGUCCGGCUGCCAGGCCCGUCUGGAUCGCCGGCUCCGGCACCGGCGGCCAACGUGACGCCGCCGGCGGUGGCGGCGUCGGGACUAGAGACGAAGUACAAGGUUCCUCGCCUGGUUCUUGUAAUCCUGCUCCCUAUUUUAGCAGCCAUAAACCUUGUGGUUUGCUUCUGUGUCUGGAGGAGGCGGCGUCCAGCAACAAAAGCAAAGCAGACAAAUGCUAAAUAUUACGCUGAAGCAGAGGAUGUCGAUAGUGCAGACUCCAUGCUCAUGGACAUUUCUAUUUUGCGAGCUGCGACUGGGGAUUUUGCAGAGAGCAACAAGCUCGGUGAAGGUGGAUUUGGAGCGGUGUACAAGGGUGUUCUUCCAGACGGCAGCGAAAUCGCAGUGAAGAGGCUGUCAAAGAGCUCAACUCAGGGAGUGGAAGCGCUGAAGAACGAGCUAGCCCUGGUCGCGAAGCUGAGGCACAAGAAUCUCGUCACCCUCGUAGGCGUCUGCCUGGAAGAACACGAGAAGCUGCUCGUCUACGAGUUCGUUCCAAAUCGAAGCCUCGACCUGAUCCUUCUCGAUACUGAGAAACGUGAGAAACUGGAAUGGGAGAAGAGGUACAAGAUCAUAAACGGCAUGGCCCGUGGCCUGCAGUACCUCCACGAAGACUCCCAGCUCAAGGUGGUCCACCGCGACCUGAAGACGAGCAACAUCUUGCUGGACGCGAACAUGAACCCCAAGAUUUCGGACUUCGGCCUCGCGAGGAUUUUCGGCCGAGACCAGACGCAGGCUGUCACGAACCGUGUCGUCGGCACGUACGGGUACAUGGCGCCGGAGUACAUGAUGCGAGGGAAUUACUCUGUCAAGUCGGACGCGUUCAGUUUUGGCGUCAUGGUGCUGGAGAUCGUGACGGGGAGGAAGAACAACGACCUGUACAGCUCUCCUCAAUCCCUAGACCUCCUGACCACGAUAUGGGAUCGUUGGACAGACGGGACCGUGAUGGAGAUGGUAGACCCGACCAUGAGCGGCGAUGCUUCGGCGAGCGACGUGCGGAAAUGCAUCCACGUCGCGCUCCUGUGCGUUCAGGGAGACCCCGCGGACCGGCCGGUGAUGUCGGCGGUGGUGAUGAUGCUCGGCAGCGAGACGGUCUCCCUCAGGGUUCCCUCCAGGCCGGCCUUCUUCACCAGGAACGGCGGCGCCCAAUCCGUCGCUGCGUCCGACGACUCAACCGCGUCGGUGACAGUGCCAACGGUGGAGCAGGAUCGGUCGUAAGAGACCAGAGAUUUGUACUCGAGGUAAACACAUGGGAAUUUUGAGCUGUUGAUUGGCAGAUGCGACCCUAAAAAGGGACGAUAGUGUGACGGUACGGAGACGUUAUUUUCCUGACAAGUUUCUAGCAUUUUGGUCCAAAUAUUCAAGCAAUGAAAUGGUGUCAAAUUAGGGGGUGUUUGGGACAAGAGAGUCCCUUCUCUCAUUGGAUGUUUGGAUACUCAUUAUAAUUAUAGUUAUACCAAGUUUACUCACUUUAGUCCCU